AUGACGUCCAUGAGAAUAAUAUGGCAGACAGUUUUCGUCCUGGCCACCUUUGGCUUUGACGGGGCAUGUGGCUUUUCUCUUUCUCCACCAACCAAUGCUGUUGAGAGUGAAAAGGCUCUGCAAUCAGCACCCGAGCUGAAAUCACCUCUCUGUUGCAACACAGAUGAGCUGUCAAAUAUCUUGAAUGGGAAAGGAAGAUCUCAAAACUGUUGGGAGGCUUUGCGUUUGGGGGUCGAUCCAGUAUGGUACUAUUCGUCAUUAAACGAAGAUUCUUUGGAGUCAGAAUACGACGAAAGCUUGGGGCUCAAGAGUUGGUCUCGACAAAAAAUCGAAGAUUCCAUGUCUGAAAUCAGUCUCACAAAUCCCUUGGGUAAGGAUGCAAUCAAUUUGUUGAAUCAACACUUUGCAUCCAUUGAGGACGAGAUUGCACAAUUAUCGAAGCUCAGCAUUGCGCCUGAUGGCACAACGAAGAUGCUCAUCAAACUUCUAAAAGACGGACUGGAGGUUGAAUCUGUGAUCAUCCCAUGGGAUGAUCAAGGAAAGUCGACACUUUGCAUAUCAUCCCAGGUUGGAUGUCGACAGGCUUGUACGUUCUGUGCGACCGGUCGCAUGGGAAAGUACAGAAACCUAUCAACUUCUGAGAUCCUGGCUCAAAUGCACUUGGGAAUCAAAGUGUGUCGUCUCAAUGAUGUCUUCCCAAUCAACAAUGUUGUGUUCAUGGGGCAAGGAGAGCCAGCAGACAACGCAGAAUCUGUAGUAGAGGCGGCGAAGAUUUUGGCCGACCGAGACCUUUAUCAACUUUCACCACGGCGCGUCACAAUAUCGACGGUGGCUCCAGAACCAGAGUGUUUCGCAAAGAUUGGAGAAGCAGGGGUCGCUCUAGCAUGGAGUGUUCAUGCAUCUAAGCAAGAGUUGCGCGAAGAACUUGUGCCAACAACGCGACACUCGAUGAAUGAUCUUCGCGAGGGACUCAUCACAACGCUUCAAGGCAGAAGCAAAAGGCAGAGAAAUACAAUGCUUGAAAUUGCGCUUAUUGGGGGAGUCAAUGACUCUAAAGAAGAUGCGCUACAUUUGGUGGAAUUCUGCCAGCCUUUCUUCCAAAAAGUGAAGAAUAUCAAACUAUUUGUCAAUCUUAUACCCUGGAAUGAUAUCGGAGCUACAAAUGGACCAGCUUCAACCUAUAAUAAGCCAGUGAUGGAUCAAGUCAUUCAGUACCAAAACGUUUUGAGAGAGCAUGAUAUUCUGUGUUACAUCCGUACGACUAGAGGAGACGAAGAGAACGCCGCCUGUGGCAUGCUCACCACCAAAAAGAAGGAAAGCGAAAGAGCAAUAAAAUAA